CUGACAUUAACCUGACAAUAAUAUAACCGAUUGAUCGAAAGUUCGAAGAGACUGACGAAGAAAAAUGGACUUGAACAAGGGACCAAGCCAACCCAGACUUUCAGCAUCGAGUGCCGGAACCAGCGGCACCUCAUCCGGGAAAAGCCACGUGGAGAAGGCCAGUUUGGAAAGUUUAGGCGAUGGGGAUGCAAAGAAGCUCGUUUGCCCUCCACCAACCAAAUACAAAAGAGAUCCUGGUAUCAUAGCUUUCCAUAUUCCCCACAAGAAACUACUGGAGAAGAUUGAGUACAAGAAAGUACAACCAGAACCACUGAGUGGUCUAGCAAACCUUCAAGAAAGUCUUAUUCAUAAUCGAAAUUACAUCACCCUAAUGGAAGAAAGGCAAUCGAUCGCAUCUAAUAUCAGCAUCACCACAACCAGGAGCGAAAAACGAAAAAUUCCUACUGUCGUCUUCAAAGAUCAGAAGAAGAAAAAGACGGUAGCUGCCUUGAUGAACCAAACCGAAUGGAUACAAAAAAUGAGAAACACCACCGAUGGUACCUUCGUUUAUAUGACUUAUGCAGUACCCAAAGCUUCAGAAUUGUUCAACCCCUAUUCCUUAAGUGUGGUACCUUACAAACAAGUGGACAAAUCGAAUUUCUUCACGAUGAGUGCCAAAGGAGUCAUGCAACACAUCGGCAGCGAAAUAACAUUCACCAGCCUCGAUAAAUGGGAAGAAGAAUACAAAAUGUACUGUCGCCUGAUGGACAUCAGGCUGUUCUUCUGUUUCAGAAAAUGGAAGGGUUUUUACGUGUGGAGGACGAACAUCCUUUGCAAAAAGAGAAAUUUGGCUAAGAAGCACCUGGAAGAGAACAUGCUGAUUCUGAAUCCGAUUUUGAGAAAAGGCCUCUUGGACAUUCAAGACAUGUGCUUCAAAAUGACCGAUGUCACAUUCACUGAUGUCAGCGUGAUCGAAGACAUAUGGCUGUUUUAUUUCAUAGAAAGACAGAUGGAAAAACUAGAUGUAAUCAAUGCUAAAAUCGAGGAGUAUCACACUGUCGCCAAAGAAGUAGUAGGCAAUGCUUGCUACGGAGCUCUUCUGGCCAAAGGCUUUGUAGUAGAUGAGAGAAUAGUCGACGAAACAAAAGAAAAGCGAGGACGAAAAACUCAAAAAAUAUCCUACAUCGAACAAGCAGCCAAAAAGAAGUUUUGCGAACGCUUAGCCAGCUUCAUCAUCCUGGUCGACUACAUAACUAUAAAUAUGUUGCACCGUCUAAUAACCAACUCUGUCAUCGAACUGAACGCUGUCUUCGAAAAACAUUCCUCGUUUAUACCUACCGAAGUGCAAUUGACAACUCACGAACCGUUGAAAAUAGAGGUAGUAAGGCCAGAAGAAUCCCCACAGCUGCCUUUGUUCAUAGCGUACGUUGUUUUAGAACCUCAACAGAUCCUCGUAGACCCAUCAUUGAAAGUAACCAGGGACAUCUUCCAACAAAUGUUCGACUUGUGGGAGGAACAAACGAAGAAGGCCAAAUCAUUCGUCACCGACCCGUAUUAUUCAGCUUUCACCACUCCCAUCAUCAACGAGAAAGUUGAAGACAGGAUAUGCGGUUGGGGACCGACCAUAGAAUUUUACUUACAAAAAGAUGAAGAGCUGGCAGAGCUGAAGAGUCAAGCUAUGAGCUACUUGGAGGCGAAUUACAAAGCGGCCGGCAUCUAUAUCGAAAGAUUCUUACCCAUACAAGUUUUGUAUGCGGAAGAUAUCGAGGUUUCAGAAAAAGACAUAACGGAAGAGAGACAUUUGGAAAGAUUCAGGAAUCUGUGCAUGCGGUACAUCGCAGAAAUCAAAACCAUCAAAGGUAUUUGCGAUACUCAAGACAUGGGAAUCUUGAAUUUGCAGCUGUCUGAUCUGAAGAAAACGUGCGAACCAGAACCCACUAAAUUACUCAGCAUAGUCGAGCACACUCUGCCUUGGAUAGGCAAAACGAAAGUGGAUGGUCUGAUGGCGGAAGUCGAGGAAAUACAAACCUACCUCCUACAAGAACCACUCGCCACCGUAGACUUCGUAAAGUACCUGGAAUACAUAGAAGAAUGCACUACCAGAGUGGACAAGAUGGAACUAGAACUGGACUAUUGCAAAGAGCUCUACGACAUCGUCGAGGAAUUCGCCAUUUCGGUAGCUCAAGAAGAACUCCAGAAUUAUCUAGGCUUGAGCGUGACCUUGGGCAACCUGAGGAACAUGGUGGACAAGAAGAUCGAAGAGACCGGCAAAAUAACCAAACAGUUCAGCGACCAGAUGAACAAGGACAUCAGCGCUUUGAUAUCCGAAGUCGGUACCAUCAAGGACGAAUGCACGCAGCCGUGGCUGUACGACAUAGGCUCGAAUAUAGCCGAAGUGUUGGAAUGCUUGAAUGAUUUGCACGACCGACUGGUCAACUGCCAGAAUCGAGCUGGCGAAUUCAAGAAUUACCAGAAACAGUUUAGGUUGGAAGUGACGAGGUUCGACGUGUUGGAUGAAGUGAUGAACGAUGUCAAACUGCGCAUGUUGCUUUGGGACAGCGUCGAAUCGUGGGCGAAAACAGUCGACGAAUGGUACCACUCCCCUUUCUCUACUCUCAAUACGGAAGACAUGAACCUAUUCACCGCCAAAAAUAUGAAGUACAUCAAUCAGCUGGAUAAAGGUCUGCCUCCCAAUUUAAUAGUGCCCAAGCUCAGGGACGAAGUAGAACUCAUGAAAGAUAAGCUGCCCAUCAUAACCUACCUGAGGAAUCCUUCAAUGAGACAGAGACACUGGAUCAAAGUGGAAAACCUUCUCAACCACAAGUUCAAAGCCGACGAAGUCCUAACCUUGGAAAUGUUAGAGAACUUGAACGUGUUCAGUUACCCAUCUGAACUGAUGGAGAUAUCAGGACAAGCUAGCAGCGAAGCCGGUCUGGAAGCAUUGCUGAAAAAGGUCGAGGAAUCCUGGAAAUCACUAGAAUUCAUCGUGAUACCACACAAAGACGCUAAAGACGUCUUCAUCCUCGGCAGCUUGGAAGAUGUCCAAGCUGUAUUGGACGAAAGCAACAUCAACAUAACGACAAUAGCGAGUUCUAGGCACGUCGGACCAAUCAAGCCACGUGUAGAAGAAUGGAUUAGGAAUCUAGAUUUGUUCUCCACAACCUUGGACGAAUGGAUGACGUGCCAGCAGAGCUGGAUCUACUUGGAAGUCAUCUUCUCCGCUCCCGACAUCCAAAGACAGCUACCUAACGAAGCUAAACUGUUCAUCGUAGUCGACAAGUCUUGGAAGGGUAUCAUGAGGCGAACAGCCAAGAUGCCUCUAGCUAUGGAGGCCGCAUUGCAGCCAGGGCUCUUGGAAACCUUGCAAAAAAACAACGCCCUCUUGGAGCAGAUAAUGAAAUGUCUGGAAUCGUACCUGGAAACGAAGCGAGUCGCCUUCCCUCGCUUCUACUUCCUCUCCAACGACGAACUGCUCGAUAUUCUAGCGCAAACUAGGAACCCUCAUGCCGUGCAACCUCAUCUGAGAAAGUGCUUCGACGCCAUUGCCAAACUGGAGUUCGGGGUGAAAGCUCCCGAGGAGAAUGAGGGCAAGUCCAGCUCGAACAUGAGGGGAGUUUCCAGCGUGACUGUCUUGACAACGGACAUCAUAGCGAUGAUCAGCCCUGAAGGUGAGAGAGUGCCGCUAGGGAAAGGGCUGAAAGCUCGCGGCAACGUGGAAGACUGGCUGGGCAAAGUCGAGGAAUCGAUGUUCCUCUCGCUGAGGAGAUUGAUGAAGCAGUCCUUGAAUCACUACAUGCAGCACGCCAGGACCGAGUGGGUGGUAUGUCACGCAAAUCAAAUAAUUCUGGCAGUGUCCCAGAUAAUGUGGGCCAGGGGUGUACACGCCAUUAUGGACUGCAAUACCGGCAACAAAUACAAGAAGUUGCAGGAGUUCGAGAAAGCUUGUAUAGGAGAUCUGAACGAUUUGGCUGCUUUGAUCAGGACCGAUUUGUCUUCAGUCACCAGGAAGAUCCUCAUCGCUUUGAUAACCAUCGAUGUCCAUGCCAGAGACACCAUCCAUAAUUUGGUGAAGAACAAAAUCACCGACAGCGCCAGCUUCGAAUGGCUGAAGGUGCUAAGAUAUUAUUGGGACGACAACAUCGACGAUUGCUUAGCCAGGAUGUCCAGCGCCACCUAUGUCUACGGUUACGAGUACUUGGGAGCAUCUGGAGUGCUAGUAAUAACCCCACUGACGGACAAGUGUUAUCUGUGUCUCAUGGGAGCUUUGCAGUUGGAUUUGGGAGGUGCUCCAGCUGGACCUGCCGGUACAGGUAAAACGGAAACGACCAAAGAUCUGGCAAAAGCCCUGGCCAUCCAGUGCGUCGUCUUCAAUUGUUCCGAAGGUCUGGACUACAAGAUGAUGGGCAGGUUUUUCUCCGGGCUUGCUCAGUCAGGAGCUUGGUGCUGUUUCGACGAGUUCAAUCGCAUCGACAUUGAGGUUUUGUCGGUGAUCGCGCAACAGCUGAUCACUAUAAGAAACGCCAAGGCUGCCAAGUUGACUAGAUUCAUGUUCGAGGGUAGAGAGAUCAAAUUGAUACAGAAGUGCGCCGCUUUUAUAACGAUGAAUCCUGGUUAUGCCGGCAGGACUGAACUGCCUGACAAUCUGAAAGCCUUGUUUAGACCGGUGUCGAUGAUGGUGCCGGAUUAUGCACUCAUUGCCGAAGUUAUUCUCUAUUCGGAAGGUUUUGAAUCGUCGAGAAACUUAUCACAGAAAAUGGUGCAAAUGUACAAGUUGUGCAGCGAACAGUUGUCCCAGCAAGAUCACUACGAUUUCGGGAUGAGGGCAGUCAAGAGCGUUCUAGUCAUGGCCGGUUCCCUGAAACGCGCUAAUCCUGAUCGUAACGAAGACGUAGUGCUCAUUUGCGCGCUGCGGGACAGUAACCUUCCUAAAUUCCUAUCUGACGAUGCCGUACUCUUCCAGGGUAUCCUCGGCGAUCUGUUUCCCGGAGUGGAACUUCCAGUACCCGACUAUGGAGUUUUCCAAAGCACCAUCUUGGAUUGUCUGCUCGCGAACAAUUUCCAACCGGAAGAGUGUAUGGUCAACAAGAUUAUCCAGCUCUACGAGACGAUGAUCGUUCGUUGGGGAGUGAUGUUGGUGGGACCAACAGGUGGCGGGAAAAGCACGAUAUUGAACACUUUGAACCGAACUUUGUCCAAAAUGUACACGGACGGCGAGGAUGGACCCUACUUCAGACCUGUGCGAACCUACACGAUGAAUCCUAAGGCGGUCACGGCGGGGGAGCUGUACGGGGAAGUUAAUCCUUUCACGCUAGAGUGGAAGGACGGCCUCAUGGGUAUCAUGAUGAGAACAGCUGUCGGGUUUACCACUGAAGAACACCAGUGGAUAAUAUGCGAUGGUCCCGUGGACGCUGUUUGGAUUGAAAAUCUCAACACUGUUCUCGAUGACAAUAAAAUGUUAUGUUUGGCCAAUUCGGAGCGAAUCAAGUUGACGCAGUGGGUUCACAUGGUGUUCGAAGUGCAAGACCUAGCUCAGGCGUCCCCUGCUACGGUAAGCAGAUGCGGCAUGGUUUACGUGGAUUCCGAGGAGUUGAAAUGGAUGCCAUACGUGCAGUCUUGGAUAGCCGGCAUCAAGGAGAGUAUUUUGAGUCAGGAAAUGAAAGAAUUCAUAAGCGGUUUGUUCGAACUGGCAGUCGAGAACGGUCUGACUUUCCUGAAGAAAAACUGCCAGUAUUCGAUUCACCAGGUGGAUAUAAGUAAAGCCAAGAUGAUCUGCAGCCUUAUAGAGAGUUUCCUUAGCAUUCCCGGAGCCAUGGAGAAGAUAGGCGAGAAGAGUAAAGUUCGUACUUUCUUGUGCCAAACGUUCAUACUCUCGUACAUCUGGGGUAUAGCUGGCAAUCUUUUGGACGAGAGCAGAGAGAAGUUCGAGGUGUUCGUGAGGGAUCAAUUCGAUGAUCAUCCGGAUGCUAGAUUGCCAGCCGGAGCUGAUAUUUGGUCCAUUUACAUGGAUGUCGUGGGCCACAGACUGGAGCCAUGGGUAAGAAUCACUCCGCAGUUCAACUACGACAAGGAGGUACCGUUUUUCGAAACUUUGGUGCCCACAAUGGAUACAGUUCGUUUUGGUUACAUCAUGGAAAGGCUCAUUUACGUGAACCAUCCGGUUUUUCUUACUGGUGAUACGGGAGUCGGGAAGUCGGUUGUCGCCAAGGACGUUUUGACCAGGCUCAAUGACACCAAUCUAUUUGUACCGGCGACCUUGAAUUUCUCGGCACAGACCAACAGCUUCAGAACCCAAGAGAUAAUAGAGCUGAAGUUGGAGAAGAAGAAGAAGACUCUUUUGGGUGCCCCGAUGGGGAAAAAAGUUAUUAUAUUCGUUGAUGAUGUCAAUAUGCCCAAGUUGGAAACUUACGGAGCUCAACCUCCUAUUGAGCUCUUGAGACAAUUUUUGGACUAUGGCGGUUUGUACGACAGGGAGAAAUUGUACUGGAAGGACAUUCGCGACGUGAUCAUAGCGGUAGCUUGUGCGCCACCUGGAGGAGGAAGAAACCCCUUGACUCCCAGAUUCGUUCGACAUUUCGGCAUGUUGCUGAUACCACCUCCGAACGAGUUCUCUCUGAAAGCCAUCUUCAAGGCGAUACUGAAAGGUUUCCUGAACGAUUUCGCGAAUGACGUCAGAGAUCUCGGGGACUAUAUGGUCAACGCGGCCGUGGAAAUUUACGACAGAAUAGCGCGGGAACUGCUGCCAACUCCAGCAAAGUCCCAUUACGUCUUCAACCUUCGUGAUCUCUCCAAGUGCAUACAAGGUGUUACACAAGCUGAUUCUGGAACACUGCGAGAAGAGAGUGCGAUGUUGAGGUUGUUUUAUCAUGAGUGUCUGCGAGUGUUCCACGACAGACUCAUCAAUGUGGAGGACAAAUCUUAUUUCUACUUCUUGAUGAAGGAAAUCUGUUCGAGGAAUUUCGGUACUGGCGUGGUUACUCUUCCAGACGAGCCCGUUAUCAUGAAUCCUCCGGUCAUGCUGUUUGGGGAUUUUCUUCAGUUCGGCGCAGAGAAAGCUAACAGGCUCUACGAGGAACUGAAAAAUAUUGACAAGGUCAAGAGCGUCUUGCAAGACUACCUGGACGACUUCAACCUGACAACUUCCAAGGAAAUGCAGCUCAUAUUCUUCAUGAUGGCCGUCGAGCACUGUGUCCGUAUCGCGAGGAUUCUAAGAUCAGAACGAGGUAACGCCCUGCUAGUAGGUGUAGGCGGUAUGGGCAAACAGAGUCUGACAAAAUUAGCCUCGCAUCUCAAUCAGUACAAGUGCUUUCAGAUAGAACUGACCAGAAACUACGACCACAGCGCUUUCUUCGAGGAUCUGAGAAAGAUGUGCGCAUAUGCGGGCGUGGAAAACCAGGACAGCGUAUUCCUCUUCACCGAUACCCAAAUCGUUCAAGAAGAGUUCCUCGAAGACAUCAACAAUCUGCUGAAUUCCGGUGAAGUUCCCAAUUUGUACGAAGCCGACGAAUACGAAAAGGUCAUCAUAGGAUGCCGACCUGCUGCUAAGGAAGCGGGAAUAGACGAAGGCAACCGAGAUGGCAUUUACGACUUCUUUAUAAGCAGAGUGCGGAGCAAGCUGCACUUGGUCAUUUGCAUGAGCCCGGUGGGAGACGCUUUCAGGCGGAGAUGCCGAAUGUUUCCUUCCUUAGUAAACUGUUGCACGAUCGAUUGGUUCGAGAAAUGGCCUAGGGACGCUCUGCUCUCCGUGGCUCAAAACAGCCUCAAGGAACUGGGAACAGAAGAAGUUUGCAAUAGUCUGGCCAACGUGUGUGUAGCAAUGCACGAAAGCGUUGAGGAUAUGACCGAUAGAUUUUACAACGAGAUGAGGAGGCACUAUUACACGACGCCUAGCAGCUACCUGGAACUGAUAAAGCUGUACAAGGUGAUGCUCAAAACGAAAAUAGAGAAGGUCACCAAAACCAGGGAUAGAAUAGCCAACGGUCUGAAGAAACUCUACGAGACUAACAGCGUCAUAGAUUCGAUGAAAGAAACUCUGAUAGCUUUGGAGCCUGAGCUGGCUAAAAAAUCUAUCGAUGUGGCGGAAUUGAUGAAGCAUCUAGCGAAAGAGCAGAAGCAAGCUGACAAAGUCAGAGUUGUCGUGAAAGGCGACGAAGAAGUGGCGAAGGUUAAAGCAGACGAGACCCAAGUAUUGGCCGACGAUGCUCAAAGAGAUUUGGAUACGGCUCUGCCUGCCUUGGAAGCGGCUAAAAAAGCUCUAGAGGCUCUGAACAAGAACGACAUCAACGAACUGAAAGUAUUUCAAAAACCUCCCAAGCUGGUGCAAUUCGUGAUGGAAUCCAUUUGUUUGCUUCUCGGGGCGAAGACCGAUUGGGCUGCAGCGAAAGUCGUUCUCGGAGACGCUAAUUUCUUGAAGAAGCUGCAAGACUACGACAAAGAUCACGUGAGCGACACGGUGCUGAAGAAACUGAAAGCCUACGUGGAACAUCCCGAUUUCACUCCGGAAAAAAUCGCGACUGUUUCCAAAGCUUGCAAGAGCAUGUGCAUGUGGGUGAGAGCCAUGGACAUGUACUCCAAAGUGUACAGAAUAGUCGAACCGAAGAGAAAGCGACUGCAAGCCGCCGAAAAAGAGCUCAACCAAGUGAUGUCUCUGCUGAGAGAAAAACAGCGCCAACUGGCGGAAGUGGAAGCGAUGAUAGCCGAUCUCGAGGCGAAAUUCAACGCCACUGUAGCGGAGAAAGAGGCUCUCGAACACAACAUUGAGCUCACUUCGAACAGGCUCAACCGGGCUGGUCGCUUGAAUAUCGCUCUGGGCGACGAACAGACCAGAUGGGAAGAAAGCGUCAAGAGAUUCGCCAUCGAAUUGACCAACUCCCUCGGAGACGUACUCAUGGCAGCUGCUUGCGUCGCUUAUUUAGGAGCCUUCACCAGCCACUAUCGCGUUUGUCUGGUUAACCUGUGGGAGCAAACCUGCAUCGAACAAACGAUAUCCUCCACGGAGAACUUCAGUCUCAUAACGGUCCUGGCUGAUCCGUACGACAUCCGGAUGUGGAACUCUUGCGGGCUGCCGCGAGACAACGUUUCGACGGAGAACGCCAUCCUCGUCACCCAGGCGGGACGCUGGCCUCUGAUGAUCGAUCCUCAGGAGCAGGCGAAUCGUUGGAUAAGGCAGAUGGAGGAGGAUAAUAGCCUGAAGAUCAUCAAGCUCACAGAUUCGAAUUUCAUGAGGGUGUUGGAGACUGCCAUAAGGAUAGGGAUGCCGGUGUUGCUGGACGAAGUCGGGGAGACUUUAGAUCCAACGUUGGGGCCUGUGCUGUUGAAGCAAACCUUCGUACAAGGUGGUCGGACGCUUAUAAGACUCGGGGACUCCGACGUGGAGUACGAUGAUCACUUCCGUUUUUAUAUAACCACGAAGUUGUCGAACCCUCACUACUUACCAGAGAUUUGUAUACAAGUAACGAUAGUGAACUUCACCGUGACUCCGUCUGGGUUGGAGGAUCAGCUGUUGGCUGACGUCGUCAGAUUGGAACGUCCCGAACUGGAACAGCUUAGAACCGAGCUGAUAGUUAGGAUAAACAACGACAAGACGCAACUGAAAAACAUUGAAGACAAGAUUUUGUACAUGCUGUACCAUUCCGAAGGUAACAUUCUGGAUGACGAGGAUUUGAUCGAGGCUCUGAAUGAGAGUAAGGAAACCUCAGCCAUCAUUGAAGCUCGUCUCAUCGAAACGGAAGCUACCGAAGAGAAGAUAUCGAUAGCUCGCGAAAAAUACAGAUCAGUGGCGACGAGAGGCUCCGUUUUGUAUUUCGUAGUAGCUCAACUCGCUGAAAUAGACCCCAUGUACCAGUACUCCCUGAAGUACUUCAACCAGAUCUUCAACCAUGUCAUCGAAACCAGCGAGAAAAACAGCGAUUUGGACAUGAGACUCGAUAUAUUGUACAGGGAAAUCACGCUGGCAGUGUACACCAACGUGUCUAGAGGACUGUUUGAGCGGCACAAACUUGUCUUCAGCUUCAUGCUGUGCGUUUCCAUUUUCUUGCAAAAAGGGACGAUCAGUGAGGCGCAAUGGAACUAUCUGCUGAGAGGAGCUGUUGGGUCCAAAGGUACUGAUACGAAGAAGCCUGAUUACCCGAUGAUAUCCGAUGCCAUGUGGCAAGCCGCCAACUAUCUGUCCUCAGCUUACACACGCUUCCAGGGAUUCCCUGAAGAUAUCACCAAACAAAUAUCCAUCACUCUUGGCGAUUUCAAACUGAAUAUCAGCGUGAUUCCUGGUGCGACUAGGUGCCGCAACGAUUGGAAUUCGAGUCUGGAUGAUUUCGAUAAGUUGAUGCUGAUCAAAACGUUGCAAGAAGAGAAGCUAGUCUUCGCGAUCACCGAAUACGUGAAGAUCAAGCUGGGAAAGGUGUUCAUCGAGAGCCCGCAAAUAUCUUUGAACGUACUCUAUCAAGACACCUCUAACGCUGUGCCUCUCAUAUUCGUUCUGAGCACUGGUUCUGAUCCGUUCGGAGCCUUCCAGCGAUUCGCUGCCGACAUGGGCUUCUCGGAAAAGGUCAAAUCGAUUUCGCUGGGCCAAGGUCAAGGUCCGGUGGCGGAAAAGUUGAUACAGGGAGCAGUAGAGACCGGCGAUUGGAUCUUCUUGCAGAAUUGCCAUUUGGCUACCUCUUGGAUGCUGGCUAUGGAGAAGAUAGUGCUGGAGAUUGCUAGAGAUAGCAACAAGGUGAAUAAGCAGUUCAGGUUGUAUAUGAGCUCGAUGCCUUCCAAGGCUUUUCCGGUUUCCGUGCUGCAGAAUUCGGUGAAGGUUACCAACGAGCCUCCCAAGGGUUUGAGGGCCAACAUCAGGAGGGCUUUUACCGAUAUGCUGGAAGAUUUCUUCGAAGAUCACCCUCUAGAACAAAGUUGGAGGAACAUGCUGUUCGGCAUUUGCAUGUUCCAUGCCGUGAUACAAGAAAGAAAGAAGUUCGGUCCGCUCGGAUGGAACAUCGUCUACGAAUUCAACGACAGCGACAGAGAUUUCGCCUUCAACACGCUCAAAAUGUUUUGCGCCGAAGGAACUAUUCCAUGGGAUGCUCUACAAUAUCUUACAGGUGAAAUAACUUACGGCGGUAGAGUGACAGACUAUUGGGACCUGAGAUGCCUGAAGACAAUUUUGAAAAUAUUCUUUUGUCCCGAUACGCUCGCAGAAGGUUAUGUCUACUCUUCUUCUGGCGUUUAUUAUUGCCCGAAAUUCGAUAAGCUGCAAGAUUACAGAGAGUUCAUUGACGGCUUGCCCAUCAUCGAGGAACCAGAAAUUUUCGGGAUGCACGAAAAUGCCAACAUUGCCUAUCAGAUCAAGGAAACUCAAACUGUGAUCAGAACUAUUAUGGAGAGUCAACCGAGAGCAGCUGGUGGAUCGGUAGGAAGAUCGAGUGACGAUAUUGUCUAUGAACUUGCUGAUGUUGUCAUUGCUUCGAUAAUUCCCAAAAUAUCAACAGAAGAUGCCAACAUUUAUUUAUUCAAGAGAGACGACAAAGGUAGACUCCCAUCCCUGACCACUGUUCUCAUGCAAGAAGUGGACAGAUACAACAAACUCUUGAAACUCAUCCACAACUCGAUGGACCAGCUGCAGAAGGCCAUCAAGGGUCUGGUCGUGAUGUCCGAGGCGUUAGAAGACGUGUUUAAAGCGUUCAUGAACAACCAGGUCCCAAGGAUGUGGAAUCGUAUAGCGUACAAUUCGUUGAAAAGUUUAGGCAGCUGGACAAGGGAUCUCAUCUUGAGACUAGACUUUAUUUACAUGUGGGUUAGAUAUGGCCACCCUACGUCUUACUGGAUAUCGGGCUUCUAUUUCCCGCAAGGUUUUCUGACAGGUGCUUUACAAACGCACGCUAGAAAGUAUAAUUUGCCGAUCGACGAACUCAAAUUCGAUUUCGUCUUGCACAACUUCGUGAUCGAUCAAGAGGAUGUGAAGAAAGUACACGAAGAGGAAGAAAAAGAGAAUUUUUCAGUGUACAUUUUGGAAGAAUGUCCCAAAGAUGGUGUGGUAAUCCAUGGGUUAUUCAUUGAUGCUGGUAGGUGGGAUAAUGCGACGAGGAAAUUGGUGGAUCCUAAACCAGGUGAGGUGAAUCCACCACUGCCCGCGAUAUGGCUGAACCCCAAAACGGAAAUGCCGGAGUACGACCCGCGAUACGAGGCCCCCCUGUACAAAACCUCCAUACGCGCCGGCGUGCUGUCCACCACUGGUCACAGCACGAAUUUCGUGGUGGCAGUUCUGCUGCCCAGCAUGGAGAAACCGAGCUAUUGGAUUCUGAAGGGAACGGCUCUGUUGACGCAAAUCACCGAUUAGACAGAGCUUUUUUUUAUAGGGCAGUCACAAUCAUGAAGGAAAAUAGCCUGUCCAAUCCAACUAAACCUGCUAUCUCAAUCGCUGUAGCGAUUGAGGCAAAUACGUCUUUACUUAGAAUGGGUUUAUGAGUUUUUGUGUCAUACCAUGCCAGAGUUUGAUCCAAAUAUAAAUAAUUCCUAAAAAUGAUAGAUACUUUCAAUGUA